ACCCGUUCCAUCCAUCUUCUGCGCUGCGACAUUGCAUCGCCCAUGGCCCUACUUCUUGGCGCUUAUCAACCUCACUUGCUGUCUUCAUCAUCAAUCCGUCAAGAACGCACUACUAAGCCUUUGAUCAGAGUUUCUCUGCAUCGCUUCCAUUUUGCUGCUAAUUCUAGAAUCCCAUCUCUUCGAUUCAUCCCUCCUUUCAGUUCCCGGAAAGUUUUUCUAGGCCCUCCAAAAUCAUCGUCCAUAAAUGAGGUUUCCCUUCAGAAUCAUUUAGGCCCUUCGAGGGAAGACCAUGGGGAAGAUGAAGACAAUGUUGACUUUCUGGAGAGGCUUAGAAGAUGGUUUGGUGUCAUUCUCUCGAUUUCGCCGGGUGGAGGCUGGUGGGACUUCUCUGAUGAAGUCCAUGUUCAAGGUCUCGCCAACCCGGUGACUGUUUGGCGCGCGCUUGCCAAAAUGUGGGAACUUGUAGCACAGGAUAGGUGGGUUAUUUUCGCGGCGUUCUCGACUCUGAUUCUUGCAGCGGUUUCGGAGAUUUCAAUACCACAUUUCUUAACUGCAUCCAUCUUCUCCGCUCAGGGCGCGGAAAUUACAGUCUUCCGUCGGAAUGUGCGUCUCUUGGUUCUACUGUGUUUAACUUCCGGAAUAUGCAGUGGGAUACGAGGUUGCUGUUUUGGCAUUGCUAACAUGAUUUUGGUUAAGAGAAUGAGAGAAACAUUAUACUCUUCCCUACUUCUUCAGGAUAUAUCGUUUUAUGACUCUGAAACGGUUGGCGAUUUGACAAGCAGGCUUGGGGCAGAUUGUCAACAAGUGUCACGUGUUAUUGGAAAUGAUCUUAACUUGAUAUUGCGCAAUGUUCUUCAGGGAGCAGGUGCAUUGAUCUACCUGCUGGUUUUGUCUUGGCCGCUUGGAUUAUGUACACUGGGUAUAUGCACUAUAUUAUCAGCAGUUAUGCUAAUUUAUGGAAGGUAUCAGAAAAAAGCUGCAAGGUUGAUCCAAGAAGUUACUGCCUCUGCAAAUCAGGUAGCGCAGGAAACAUUUUCUCUCAUCAGGACUGUCCGUGUUUAUGGAACUGAAGGAGAAGAACUUGGAAGAUACAAAUGGUGGCUGGGGAAGUUAGCUGAUAUAAGUUUGCGACAAAGUGCUGCUUAUGGAUUUUGGAAUUUAAGUUUCAACACACUAUAUCAUUCAACUCAGGCUAUCGCCGUUCUGUUUGGAGGGAUGUCCAUUCUAGCAGGUCAUAUUACAGCAGAGAAACUCACCAAGUUUAUACUAUACAGUGAAUGGCUCAUUUAUUCAACCUGGUGGGUUGGAGACAAUAUAUCCUCUUUGAUGCAAUCAGUUGGAGCCAGUGAAAAAGUAUUUCAAUUGAUGGAUCUCUUACCAAGCAGCCAAUUCAUAGCAAGGGGGGUAAAGUUACAGAGAUUAGCGGGGCUUAUUGAGUUUAUAGAUGUUGCUUUUCACUACCCUUCAAGGCCAACAGUGCCUGUAGUGCAAGAUGUAAGCUUUUCUGUUCAUCCUGGUGAGGUGGUUGCAAUUGUUGGCCUUAGUGGUAGUGGAAAAAGCACACUCGUAAACCUUUUGCUCCGGCUAUAUGAGCCAACAAAUGGUCAGAUUUUGAUUGAUGGCUACCCUCUUAAAGAACUGGACAUCACGUGGUGGAGAGAGAGAAUUGGAUAUGUGGGACAGGAGCCAAAGCUCUUUCGCAUGGAUAUUGGUUCAAACAUCAGAUAUGGAUGCACCCAUGAUAUAAAACAAGAGGAUGUUGAAUGGGCUGCCAAACAAGCCUAUGCUCAUGACUUCAUCUCAGCACUUCCUAAUGGUUAUGUGACACUUGUUGAUGAUGAUCUAUUAAGUGGGGGACAAAGGCAGCGAAUCGCCAUUGCAAGGGCCAUUGUUAGGGACCCAACUAUUUUGCUCCUUGAUGAAGCUACCAGUGCACUGGAUGCUGAGAGUGAAUAUAAUGUCCAGGGUGUCUUUCGAUCCAUCAGAAGUGACUCCACGAUGAGAAGCGUCAUAGUCAUUGCACACAGGCUUUCUACCAUAAAAGCGGCUGACAGGAUUGUGGUCAUGGAUGGUGGUCGGGUUGUUGAGAUUGGGAAUCACAGGGAACUUCUCUUAAAGGAUGGUUUGUAUGCACGAUUGACUAGAAAACAGGCUGACGCAAUGUCAUGAUUUUUCGAGUGAUACAAUUAUACAAAGCGGAUUUUUCUUCGCUUUUCUCUCUGGCUUCCUUCUCAUUUGAAGUUGGGGAGUAGGCGAAGCAACUUUUUUUUUUCCAACUGCUGACCCGUAUAUUCAUAGUAUUUCACAAGAGGAAAGCACCAAGUUUUAGCAAAGAAGAAAGAAUGUCUUGCUGCAGCUGAUUUGGAUGGGAUUUCAAGGAAGCUUCAGAAAGGUCACAAUUUCAAAUUCUUAUAAAGCCCUAUGAAAAAGCAUACGAAAGCCAAGGUUGAAGAAGCUAAAUACUGCAUAGUUAACUACAUUCUUGAGUGGUGUCAACUAACAUAAUUUCCUGUUACCAACUGUGGACAAUUGCGCAAGUUACAUUUGAGUUCUGACAAAAACAAAGUUCAUGUAAUGCAACUGUAAGUCCAUACAGUGAGGUCACAUUAUAUCUCUAGCUGUGUGCAAUUUGUUGCUUAAUAAUGUCUUCUGUCUAUUUGGACUUUUA